GUGCAGGAUCAGUAAGUCAGUCUAUGUGAGGGUGUAUUUGUAUGUACAUAUACAUGUCUGCAGGCCUAUGUGUACAUAUACAUGUCUGCAGGCCUAUGUGUACAUAUACAUGUAUGCAGGCCUAUGUGUACAUAUACAUGUAUGCAGGCCUAUGUGUACAUAUACAUGUAUGCAGGUCUAUGUGUACAUAUACAUGUCUGCAGGCCUAUGUGUACAUAUACAUGUAUGCAGGCCUAUGUGUACAUAUACAUGUAUGCAGGCCUAUGUGUACAUAUACAUGUCUGCAGGCCUAUGUGUACAUAUACAUGUAUGCAGGCCUAUGUGUACAUAUACAUGUAUGCAGGCCUAUGUGUACAUAUACAUGUCUGCAGGCCUAUGUGUACAUAUACAUGUCUGCAGGCCUAUGUGUACAUAUACAUGUCUGCAGGCCUAUGUGUACAUAUACAUGUAUGCAGGCCUAUGUGUACAUAUACAUGUAUGCAGGCCUAUGUGUACAUAUACAUGUCUGCAGGCCUAUGUGUACAUAUACAUGUAUGCAGGCCUAUGUGUACAUAUACAUGUAUGCAGGUCUAUGUGUACAUAUACAUGUCUGCAGGUCUAUGUGUACAUAUACAUGUCUGCAGGCCUAUGUGUACAUAUACAUGUCUGCAGGCCUAUGUGUACAUAUACAUGUCUGCAGGCCUAUGUGUACAUAUACAUGUAUGCAGGCCUAUGUGUACAUAUACAUGUAUGCAGGCCUAUGUGUACAUAUACAUGUCUGCAGGCCUAUGUGUACAUAUACAUGUAUGCAGGCCUAUGUGUACAUAUACAUGUAUGCAGGCCUAUGUGUACAUAUACAUGUCUGCAGGUCUAUGUGUACAUAUACAUGUCUGCAGGCCUAUGUGUACAUAUACAUGUAUGCAGCAGGCCUAUGUGUACAUAUACAUGUAUGCAGGUCUAUGUGUCUGUGUGAGUAUGUAUCUGUAUGUAUGCGUGUGUGUUUGUGUGUGUGUUACUCAGUGUCGUUGAGGCUGUAUGGUGGGGGGGGUCCCAGACUGUUGUUUUCAGAGGGGGGUGUGGGGGUGGCUGGGCCAGUUCCGGGGCCAGUACCAGAAGAAGGAGUCGGGGAGGGGGGGGGCUCUUCCGAGUCAGAGUUCUCACACGACAGAUCAUCCACCAACGCCCUGCGACCUGAGCGCAUCCCAAGGGGCAUCGGAGCACGCCUGGCAGGAGAGAGGUGGUAG